AGACUCCACCCACCCAGCGCGCCACUAUGUGCGCCGGCGUUGAGAUGGUGCGGAUCUUCUGACCUCCCGGCGGAAGUAAACAAUGAGAAGCUAGCUUGUAGCUUGUAGCUUGUAGCUCCAUUGUGCGGGUUGUUUGCUGGUUUUCUCCGGUCAGGAACAACAAUGUGUUCAGCUCUGAAUGUGAGAGAGUUCAUCAGGCAGCGGCUAGCUGCUGCUGCGGAAGAAAUCUUCGGAGUUUUUGAGAAAACCGUCAUUCAGUAUGAAGAAGAGCUCGACCGUCAGCGCAGAAUGAUGGAAACCAGCUGGAAAACACAAACACAUGAGAAACCAGCAGAUCUUCCACAGCAACACCUUCAUCUGGAGCAGGAGGAGCUUCCUGCCGAGCCGCAGCUCUGCCACCAGCAGGAGGCGCCAGAACCUCCACAGAUCAAAGAGGAGCAGGAGGAACCCGGCAGCAGUCUGCAGAUGGAUCAACUGGAGCCCGAUGAAGAGUCCAAAACGUUUCUGGUGGCGCUUCUGUAUGGGGAAGGUGAGCCCAGAGUAGCAGAGGAAACCUUUGAUGGUCUCCAGACUCUGCAUCAGGAAGGAGGCGAGGAUGUAGAUCUAGGAUCCACAAAGACAGAACAGACGGGUCAUGAAGGACCUGAAGACGAUGGCAGUGAGAUCAUCAGCCAGGACGUUUAUCCAGUUUCAGACAAGCAGAGUUUUUCUCAGGCAGGACGCGACGCCUUAAAAUGUGACUUCUGUGGAAAAAUCUUUAGGAAAAAAUAUCACCUGAAGAUGCAUCACAUGAACCACACGGGAGAGAAGCCGUAUGUCUGCAACGAAUGCGGGAAAUCUUUCAAAGCCGCGUCCACUCUGAGAUAUCAUGCGAGGUUGCACACGGGCGAGAAGCCGUAUUCCUGCGAGACGUGUGGGAAAAGCUUCAGGUGCAGCUACAGCAUGUUGGUCCACAUGAGAACCCAUACUGGGGAGAAGCCAUACCUGUGCAACACCUGUGGGAAAAGAUUCACCAACUCAUCAGCCUUCAAGUGGCACACCGCCAUCCACAUGGGCGACCGGAGGUAUUCCUGCCAGAUCUGUGGGAAAAGCUUCACUCAGAGCGGAAACCUGAAGGCUCACAUGAGGACGCACACCGGCGAGAAGAAGUACUCCUGCAAAACCUGCGGGAAACGAUUCAGUCGGAGCAACAGCCUGAUCGUCCACAUGAGGACGCACACAGGAGAGAAGCCGUACUCCUGUAGCUCGUGUGGGGAGAGGUUUCAAUACGCUGCAACGCUGAAAAAACACGCCACAACGCACGCCGGCGACAAUUACACAUCUGGCUGAGGUCCUGCAUGUGAGGACGACGCGUCUGUCCAACACUGGGGACGAGUGUCCCGAAACAUCUGCAGGGACAACAGAUGGCGUGAAGUAAAUCAAAGCUAUGUGAGUUUACAACAUGUUCUACUGGAGAUCUUCCAGCAGUCUGCAACAAAAGCAGAACACAGGUGGGAACCAGCUCCCUCUACUGGCCAAAUGUGGGAAAAGUUCUGAAGAACAUUUUAGUUACGAUGAGUUUGAGACGAAUGAUGGUUUAAUGUCAGGAAGGUUGAAUCUGAAGAGCAGAACGUCACAGACAAGCUGGAGCGUCUCAUUCAUGAGGCCAUUAAACAAGAACACUUUCUUCAGUCAGAGGCUUCUGCUGAUUCACUGUAACAGACUGCUACAGGAGAUCCUUCCUGCCACAGACAUCAACCUCUGCAACUCUUUGAAGUUGAGCAACAAAUAUCUGUCAUUUUGUUUUUUACAGUAAAGAA